AUGGGGAAGGUUCGCGAUACUGCUGUAGAUAUUCCAAACACUGAAGAAGAGGACAAACCAAAAUCAUGGAAAGAUGCGUUAUUCGGAAGAAGAGCUAGAAAAUAUGCAUUCGUAUUCAUUGUUGCUUUUCUCGCAUUGCUAACAAUCAAAGAUGUUGUUGAAUUAGUUCAAGAAUAUUUCGAAUAUCCAAAAGAAUCAGAUAUCAAUAUUGUGUUCAAUGAAUCGAUGACUAUGCCAAAUGUAACAUUCUGUAUGUCACGACCUCAAGCUUGGUCACAUUUUAAGGUGAAUUUAAGUGCCUCUGUGGAUGAAUGGAAUGCUGUUAUUGAUGAAAGCUUAGCGAAUAUGACUGAUCAUGAUUCAUUCAUGAAAACUCCUUGGGAUUAUCGAAUGGUUAUGGAGGCUUAUGAUAUGAUCGCAUCGUAUAGUAGUAUGGAAAGAGAAACUUCGUCGCACGGUUCAGCAAGAUCUAUCCAUGUUUUCAAAAAUGCUCCAAGAUUGGCGGGGAAGCGAAAAACUUUCAAGAAAUGGAUGAGAUAUUCUAGAUUCGCGUGGUAUUUCUUUUGAUGAAUUCACACAAAAGACUGGAAUCGAGGUUUUACGAAGAUCAAUGCAAAGAUUCCGUCGAAAAACAUUCGAUGAAGAAGAUGUAGUAAUCAAAACAAAAUUACGAAUCUCUUGGAUCUCUCAAAUGCAAGUAUGUUACCAACCGGAAUUCGAUCACGAAAACUUCAAAACCAUUGAUGAUCAAGGUGUUUUCUUCGAUAUGCUUCUAUCACACAACGCUGAAAACCUCGAAGGACAAAACAUCGAAUGUAUGUCAGUAGAUUUCCACGGAAGACCAUCUUCGCACAGCAGAUAUAUGGAAGGAAAAGGAAGAUCAAGAGAUGGUUAUAUUGAUGAAUUGUGUUUUGGACAAAGACACGAAGUAACAGUUCAUGUAACCAAUCUUUAUCAAAUGUUGGAAAACGAAGAAGAGGGAACAAGAUGUAAAGAUGUUGAAGAGGAUGAAGAUAACGAAUUCGAUUGUAGAUCUCGUUGUAGAAUGGAAAUGAUUCGUGAUAUGUGCCAUUGCACACCACUUUCGCUCAGUUAUUUGGCAAAGGAUGAUUUGGAAAUCUUCCCACUUUGUGAUUACACACAAUGCACAAUCGAGUAAGUUGAGAGAAAAGUGGAACUUCCUGGUUAAAAUUUACGCAGAGGGGGGGGGGGAAGAACCGGUUUGUUGAAUCUUUGACCAUUUUGAUAAUAUCAUAUCACUAACAGUUAGCAAAAUUUUCGAGGUCAACAUUUUUUAAUAAAAACUUGAGAGAAAUAAACCAAUUUCGAGAAAAAUCUAAUUUUUUGAAUGAAUAUUUAAAAUUUAGCGAUAUCUACACAGAAUUUUUGAAAUUAUAGUUUCUGUCUGAAAAAUUCAGAUUUUUAUUGAAAUAUUGAAUUUUCCCCAAUAUGUUUUUUCUAGCGUUCAAAACGGAAACUUCUCGGACAGCGAAUGCACCAAAAAUUGUUUCCCGGAUUGUCGUCAAAUCAGAUUCGAAAUCGAUCAUUCUGUCAAAGGUCGUAUGCUUCGUCCAGAUUUGACGCUUGUUGAACUCUCUUGGGGACCUUUCGAAUAUUUGACAAUGGAACAACAAUGGAAAUACUCAACAACAUCGUUCAUCGCCGCUUUGGGAGGUUCGAUCGGAAUGUGGUUGGGUCUUUCAAUCCUCUCACUCAUUCAAGUAAGUUUCCUGCGUCUCCGAAAUUUAAUCCAAUAGCAUUUUUUCUAGUUGUGUACCUAUUCCUACACCUAUUUCACCAAGAAAAUUGUCAAUGAGAAAAUUUUGAAAAAGGGCGCGUCAACUGAUAAGGUAAGUUAAAUGAAGAUGAAAAAACGAACACAAGUCACACACACACAAGAUUUUUGUGUUAAUUUGGAUGAUGUUUGAAAUCAUCGGCUUUUUUGUGAUCACGAGAAAAAAUAUUGCACUUUGCACAGGCUGACGAGGAUGAAGAAGCCGAUUUUUCGUUCGACAAUGGUCAAGAGAGAAAAAAGAUGUCGUUGGCUGAGAAUCCGUUUGCCAGCAUGUUCCCAGCCAACUCGCCAGAACAACCACGUAAACCAUCGAAACUUGGGUCGAGACAAUCAUCACUAGAUAAGGCAAGCACUUGAAAUUCUCAAAGUUUCUGGGUCAACUUGUCGGGAAACGUUUUUCGUCCCUGAUAUUUCGGCGGGCUUGGUUCCAACUAAAAAUAUUGGGAAAAUUUAUUCCGUUUUAGUAUUUUUUGGUUGAAUUUUGGCAAAAAGUAAUCACUACUAUGUUUUUCUGUCACUUGUAGGCUUUUCUUUUCAUUUCUAGCUCAAACCCUCAUUUUUUUACAGGAAGGAGGACCACCAGGAAGCUUCAGUUCAAAUCCAAGUGGAGCUGCAAAAUAA